GUUCGCAAGUACUGCAAUCCACUACUGUUUGUUUGGCUCCGUACAUGAUCCCACCACAGCUCUCGGUACCCAUCUGUGGAUCUGCGAGGACUUGUGACUUCUGGUUCUCCGUCAGCCGACCAAUCAGGGUCGGCUACGGGGCGGGCUCAGCCGUUCCCUAGGAUACCUGUGUGAUUGACAUUCAGCCUCCUGCAGCGGAGCGCACGGCAGUGUAUCACUGAUGCUCCUGCUUCCCCCCAGAGACUGUGGAGAAAUCUGGACGAGAGCAGAGACGGAGAGAAAACACAAGAGCAAGAGGAAUGCUAAUUCUUUAAAGUCCUUCGCUCUUUCCCUCCUGCUCUCUUUGCUGGGAAGAUGAAAGCUGGAGCGCUGGAAGAAGCCGGCUGAAGGGAGAGGAAAGGAAGGAUUCCUGAAGAAGGGGGAUUUGUUGGAAAACUAUAUGAAGACGACGUAUGAAGAAUCAGCUUUAACAGACAGACGGGAAGCUUAACAAAGACAGACGGCUCAACUGAACAGCAAACAGCAACAUGUGCAGCAGAGCGUUUUACCCAUAAGGCCUUGAGGAGGCCCAGUGGGUGGGGUUACAAGGAGGCAGAGAUGAACCUGACCAACCACAGGCCGUCACCCGGGGAUAUAAGCUCCACCCACCAGUGAUAUCCAGGGUGACUGACAGACGGAACGACACCUCAAACACCGGCAUCUGAACGCUCAUUGGCCCACAGUAAAGUGCAGUGUCUGGAAAUGACCACUAAGCGGAAGCUGAUUGGCCGGCUGGUGCCGUGCCGUUGUUUUCGUGGUGAAGAGGAAGUGAUCUCAGUGUUGGACUAUUCCCACUGCAGCCUUCAGCAGGUCCCCAAGGAAAUCUUCAGCUUUGAGAGAACUCUGGAGGAGCUCUACUUGGAUGCCAACCAGAUUGAGGAACUGCCCAAGCAACUCUUCAACUGCCAGGCCUUGAAGAAGCUGAGCAUGCCCGAUAAUGAUUUGUCCAACCUGCCCACCACCAUCGCCAGCCUGGUUAACCUCAAAGAGCUAGACAUCAGUAAAAACGGAAUCCAGGAAUUUCCAGACAAUAUAAAAUGCUGUAAAGGCCUGUCUGUGGUGGAAGCCAGUGUCAACCCCAUCACCAAACUCCCAGAUGGUUUUACGCAGCUCCUGAAUCUGACCCAGCUCUUUUUAAACGAUGCCUUCCUGGAGUAUCUGCCGGCUAACUUUGGCAGACUCUCCAAACUACGGAUCCUGGAGCUGAGAGAGAACCACCUGAAAACCAUGCCAAAGUCCAUCCACAGACUGACACAGCUGGAGAGGCUGGAUCUGGGUAGCAAUGAAUUCUCUGAAAUGCCAGAGGUGUUGGAACAGAUCCACAACCUAAGGGAGCUGUGGCUGGAUAACAACUCUCUACAGUCUAUACCAGGGUCGAUAGGGAAGCUCCGCCAGUUGCGGUACUUGGACUUAGCUAAGAAUCGUAUUGAGCAGUUGGACACAGACAUUUCCGGCUGCGAGGCCUUAGAAGACCUACUGCUAUCCUCCAACAUGCUGCAGCACCUCCCUGACUCUAUAGGAAUGUUGAAGAAGCUGACAACACUGAAGGUAGAUGACAACCAGCUGACCUCACUGCCUAACACCAUCGGGAGUGCGAAGCCCAAGCAAGGUCUGUCUCUGUUGGAGGAGUUGGACUGUAGUUGUAAUGAGUUGGAGUCGUUGCCUCCCACUAUCGGCUACCUGCACAGCCUGCGGACCUUCGCUGCUGAUGAGAACUUCCUCACAGAGCUGCCCCGUGAGAUCGGUAACUGUAAGAAUGUCACGGUGAUGUCACUGCGGUCCAACAAACUGGAGUUUCUUCCUGAUGAGAUCGGACAGAUGACCAAACUACGAGUCCUAAACCUCAGCGACAACAGGUUAAAGAAUCUACCGUUUACCUUCACUAAGCUGAAGGACCUGGCAGCUCUGUGGCUCUCUGACAAUCAGUCCAAGGCUCUGAUCCCUCUGCAGACAGAAGCCCACCCCGAAACCAAACAGAAGGUUUUGACCAACUACAUGUUUCCUCAGCAGCCACGACACGAUGAGGAUUACCAGUCGGACAGUGACAGCUUUAAUCCUACUCUGUGGGAGGAGCAGAGACAGCAGAGGAUGACUGUGGCCUUUGACUUUGAGGACAAGAAGGAAGAGGAAGACAACUCUGGGAAGGUCAAGGUCUCUGAGGUUGAAAGGCUUCUUCGCCAUCACUCUGGUCUUCAGUUCCCCCCAGAGAUUCUCGAUGGGAUUCAGGUGGAGAUAAACCUAAAGCGCUACCCAACACCCUACCCUGAGGAUCUGAAGAACAUGGUCAAGUCAGUGCAAAGUCUUGUGGGUAAAAACGUGCACACCGGACAUCCACACCAGCACCAGCAUCCGCACCAGCACCAGCUGAGCACAGGCACUGCCACCUCGGCAGGAACUAACAUGGAACAUACACACCUCAGCAAAGAGCCGUAUGAACCACCGUGGCCCCUGCCUCCCAAAGAGGUGACAGAUAGAGAGAUGCAGGACUUCUCUCAGGUUCAGCUAAUGGAUCAGGGAUCAAUGCAUAACUCUGGCAUCGACAUUCCCAAGAGGAAGGACAAAGAAGACUUGACAGAGAGCUCUGAGGACUCGAUGGGCGGCUCUCCCAACGACAUCCGUAUCUCUGACAUGAGGCCCACCCUGGUGGAGCCACCGAUGUACAAACCAAAGGUGGUGCUGCUGGGAAAAGAUAAGAAAGAGUCUACAGAUGAAGAGGUGGAUAAACUGCACUGUCUGAACCACAGCGGCUCCUCGGCCACCUACUCCGACUACUCUCCCUCACAGGGCUCCUCAGGCUCCUCCAACCCGCCGGCCAACACACACUCACACACACUCUCUCAUGCACACCCUCAUGCUCCGGCCCCCAGCAAGGACCAGGCCCCUCAGACACACUGGACCAACAGAAUUGCCCAGUCGUUCCCCAAGCCCAUUGACUCCAAGCCCCUGCUGUCUCAGAGAGAAACCCCUCCAUCAGGAACCCUGCAGCAGCGCGGGGAUCGGCGUCCACUUAGCGAGCCGUUUGACUGGGCUGAGGCCCCUCAUUACGACAACACAGGUUUCGAUGCAGAGGAGUCUCCUCUGGAUCCUCCAUCAUCUAGUGCGAGUCAGGGAAACCCGCCGCUGGGCUCUAAACCUCGCAGCCAGUCCACACACGGCCGCCGCCCCCUCCUCAGGCAAGAAAGAAUCGUAGGAGUCCCAUUGGAGCUGGACACUCAGACACUCCCCUUCCAUGGCAACCAACGAUCCACCCCGGACAAUGACCCACAAUCCUCCGGACCUUCCCAGAACCCCUGGCAGAAUUGGACCAGGACCCCCAGUCCACUGGAAGACAGAACCGCUUUCCCCUCCAAGCUGGACCUGACACCCACCUCCAGCCCCAACCCCGACCGCAAGGACAUAGACUCAAGGAUGGAACAAGGUACAGGGCCUUUGCCUGGCAGCUGGACGUACCAUAACAAUCAAGGGGAGCAGAACAGGAAGGAUCAGCUCACUGUCACCGGGGGCAACAAGGUGACCGUGGUAAUGAGUAAAAGCUCGGACCGACUGUCCCCUAUGAUGAAGGAGACGAGAUCCAAGUUUAAGAAGUCACAGAGUAUAGAUGAGAUUGACAUCGGCUCCUACAAAGUCUACAGUAUCCCCAUGGACAGCUAUAGUUCAUCCAUUGAGCAGCAGACUAGUUUGGACCGUCCCGAGCUGCCUGGUUCUAUGGAGCAGACCAACAUGUCACGGUCACAGUCUGCACCCAUGUUAGAUGAAGAGCUGGGCUACCCAGGACACGGAGUCGGCAACCAGAACCAGCCAGGACAGAACCAAAAACCUGCCGUCCCACAUAAGGCCUACCACUUUGACCAGAACUACAACCCCCAGGUGACCAUUGAUCGACGGGUCCCUCCUCCCUUUCCCAACACACCAGAUUAUGCCAACCACUCAUCAAAGGCGUUGGAGUACAUAAAUCAACCAGGGAAGACAUUACCCAAGGAGUUAGUGAGCCCUCGGUAUCGUGCAUAUCCACCACUGGAGAUGUUUUCUUUCCCCCAGUCACCAAUCAAUCAGGAUGGCCCACCCACCCAGCAGCAGCCAAUCCCAACACAGCGCUCCAGGCCAGGGUUUUUGCGGAGAGCAGAUUCCUUGGUGAGCUCUACGGAGCUCGCUUUGUUCCGUCGAGUUCAUGAAGCCCAGCAGGAGGCACUGCAGGAAGCUCAGUACAGACAGCAGGCGGACCCUCCUCUUUAUGGUCGGGCUCUUGCCUACUCCACCCCCAUGGAGCACUCUGCUAUUACUAACAUGGCCGACAGCCAGAGUCAGAUGAUGCACAACAAGAGAAACGGUCGCUAUGAUGAUGACUACCCUACUUACCAGGAGCAAAAGAAGCCCAUGAUUGGCUAUCCCACCAAGAGCCUGACUCAGCGCCGUCCCCUGUCUGCCAGGAGCUACAGCACUGAGACCUACGGAGCAUCUCAGGCCCGUCCAGUCUCCGCUCGUCCCACCAUGGCUGCCCUUCUGGAGAAGAUGCCACCUGACUACACCCUGGCAACCUGCCCCGAGAAAUCACCUGAUGACACCAUCAAAGUAAGGCCUGUCGUACCACAGAAACCUGAAGACAUCACCUCCAAGAUGCCUGCCGACUGGAGGCAACAGCUACUCAGGCACAUAGAGGCCAAACGAUUAGACAGGAGUGGUGUCCUAAAGCACAACACGCUCACGCUGGGCAUGCUCUGUCAGGGCGGGGGUCACGGCCAGGGGCGCAGCAGCACUUUGAACUUUAACCUUUACAAUAACACUAAGCAUGAGCCCCCUGCUGGCCGCUGGCUGCCACUACCUCCUCCUCCAUCUGCUAACGCUACCCCCUCUCAGCAGGCUGCCAUGCUGGAUAAUGACCAGGAGGGGCUGUCAGGGAGCAACCAGUGGGCUCCCUACUCACUUGGCAGGAGAGACGUCCCACCUGACAACCUCAUGAAAAAGGGAAUCCAUUCACACAACCCCUCCCACCAGUCACACAACACCAUGAUCGUCACCUCCUCUUCCUCCACCACUCCUCACCGCGUGGUCGGGCAGCAGGGCUACGACGGGAUGAUGAACAAGGGGGGCCAGUACCAGCCAGGGAUGCCCCUAUCAGUAGUUCCUGCUGGACAGUACCAAGGCAACAUGUCUCAAGCCCAUCCUGCUCCUGGCCAGGCUUACCCCAGCGCUGGCCUGCCCAUGGCCUUGUCCUCGUCUGGGAACCAGCCCCAGUACAACCCCCAUGGCUCCCACUCCUCCCAUCAGCCCGCUACCAACCCUCAGUACCAUGGCAACCAGGGCAUGGUUCAUAGCAACCAGGUUGUCAUGACCACCCACACCAACCCACGGCCUCAGAGCGCUCGCUGCCUGUUGCAGACUAAAGGCCAGAAGAGCACGGAUGGUUUCCAGGAGCAGUUGUGUGUGAGAAUAGAGAAGAACCCUGGUCUUGGUUUCAGUAUCUCUGGUGGCAUCAGCGGCCAGGGGAACCCCUUCAAACCCUCCGACAUGGGUAUCUUUGUUACUAGGGUACAGCAUGACGGGCCCGCCGCCUCUGCCCUGCAGCCCGGAGACAAGAUACUGCAGGCUAAUGGACAUAGUUUUUUACACAUGGAGCACGAGACCGCCGUCUCUCUGCUGAAGAGUUUCCAGCGGACGGUGGACUUGGUGGUUCUGAGAGACAGCAGCACGCGCUAGAAAUAGUUUUAUAACAAACAAACAAACAAAUACAACAACGCUUCUCUUCUCUGCUCAUCGCCAUCCCACGCCACCCCACCUGCCCUCCGCUGGAGGCUCGUGGAACUGGAAAAUGAGCCGCCUUUUUUACCUUUUUAGGGGAACACACAGACAUUUAUUUGCCUAUUGCUGGACCAAAGGCAAAUACCAGUGCCAAAUGUACCAUAGGAAACAUAUCGGCUCUUCUGUCUACCGGCGGUCAGGGACCUGAUCGACGGAUGGACGGACCACAAGAGGACUCUACACUUGGAGUCCUUACAGGGCUGCUGCAGUUUGGAUUUGUGGUUGGUUUUUUAAUUAGGCAGUCAUCUGAUCAGUCAGUCUGAGUAGUUUGUUUUUGUUGGUUAGUUGGUGUUUUGCGGUAUUUUUUGCUUUUCUCCACUGCCUUUUUCUUGCUGUCCAUAGUAGAUUUUAAAUGACUUGUUUGGUGUAGCACAUGUUCUUCAUCGUUCUUCUGUUAUUUUUUUUUUCCUCUGGUGUCUUUAGUUCUUUUUGUCCCUCUUUUGUACCUUCUUUUCUUCUCAAUUCUUCUCUUUCUUUUACCAUCUUGUGUUUUAUUCCUUUCUGCUGUCUUUUGUUCAGUUCUGCAGGUAAUAUUGCCUCCAGUGUACAGAAAUUGAAAACUUAAGACUUUCUGCCUUGUGUACAUAUAUAGAGAUUCAGCUUUCCAGAGCUGCUCUCUCCCUGGGGCCUGAACAGACAGCUCUAAAAGUUUAUGAUUAAUAUAAUUAUUGUUGAUAAACUAUAUUCUGAAUUCUCUCCUGUGAACAUACAGGGAUCAUUUCUCCAAAUGGAUGAUUUUCUAAAGUAUAUCACUAUUUUAUCUGUAUAGAAAACACUUUUCAUAGGUCAUCAUUGCUACUUGUUUUUUUUUUUUGUUUGUUUAGGAAACUGUUGCUUGCACAGCUGUGCUGAAAAGAGCUAAAGCAAUAUUUCUGAGGCUCAGCCCGUUGAGCUUUUCAGCAGAGCCUAACUUGUCCUGCAGUGCCAUCUAUGGAGCGAGUCAUGCUAAUGUUUACACACACACUGCCAUGCACAUGAACUAACAGGCAAAACACACACAUAUCCUGUGUCCCCAUACACAACACUUGCGAUGCUAAUUUCUGUGCACUGCUGCAUAAUGAGGUCCUGACUAUAAGUUUAGAAUACAAAUUCUAUUAUAAAACCAGUCACACUCACACUGAACACCAUUAAUAAUAUCUGUGCCAUCUUUUGAAGUCCUUAUCACAGCAAUGCCACUUCCCUUUCUAAGUGUUUGAGUUGUGUGAUAAAGUCACAGCAUGCUUUCAUAUUAUUGGUCACUGACAGCCAGCCAUUUUCUAUUCUAGAUGUUUUCUACACUCUAGAAGACUCUAUUAGCACUGAGUUUCAGUGAGACUGAUCUUCUAUCGUUGGUGCCAUAUGGACCCUCUGCCGCUCCUUGGUUGUAUUGAAACAGGCCCACAUCCUCAGAGCUUUACUUGUUUGUGGCCCAGAUCUCACGUUCACACAGUGAGAGCAGCAGUGUGGCUUUAGAGAGUGGGGAAACUGGUUUUUACCUGUUGGCUCAGCCUCGAGUCAAGUGUCAGCAAGCAUCUGCUCUGCUGAAGUGUCCUAACCUCCGGCCUUCCUGUGGAAAGCAACAAGAGAAAAGAAUGUCCCUAUAAUAACCAGUAAGGUGUAACACAGUUUUAGUGACAUGAUUUUCCCUUCUUAGACAAUCAGGGAAAGAUCUCAUCUGUUGUUUGUUACACUUGAAUUUUCAGUGCAACCUUGGUAAAUUGAAGAGAUGCUAAUUGACACUAAGAGCGUGCACUGACAUUUCGAUUUGCUAACUUUGUUGGUAAAUGUAGAUAAAAUCAGGUUAUAGUUGAAGUUCACCAUCAAAAAGAACAGGGAAAAAGACUCACUUAAAUGUUAAAAGCGAGAUUUUGUGGGGAGUUUCUGGCCAAAGCUGGAGCCGUUGCAGUGCGGUCUGACCUUCACACUUGAGAAGUUGAAUUGACAUGACAGAAGUAACCACAAAUAAGAGUGAAGAUGUUCAUUUUCUGUCUUUGUGCAAAUGCAACACACGUCUUGAAGACAUUUCAUGACAGUGAGUUCUGUUCUGUAAAACAUCUGAUGUUUCAUCUAGAGCAAAACAACAUGCCUCACUGUCCUUUGCUUUUUACUUGACAUGACAUACUGUGCACAUUUUGUGUCGACUCUCUUAAGAUUUCCGUUAAUUCCACAUAAAGGACACAAAAUGGCACAGUUUAAUCAGGUGGUUGAGAGAUUUAACCACAGGUACCCACCCGACCCUAUUUAGAGUUUGAAAUAUCAAAGAUAUUGUGAUGAGAACAGAGAAAAAGGUUUGAUAAUAUAAUUAUUUUUUACUACAUGUUUCAGGUAAUUCUUUCUAAAUAUAUUGAUAUACCUUAGCUUUGCUCAAAAAUUGUGAUAUUUUAUAAUGACACUUAUAACAAAGUUAUGGAUGGAAGUACGCACAGUAUGACUUGGAGACCUACACAUGUACUAUCCAAAACUGUAUAAAAUGUAUUUCUACUGUAAUUGUGAAUUUGUGUUAUACAAAUAUAUAUUAUAUAUAUAUGUAUAUGACUAUAAAAACAGUCAUUUUCUAUGUGUUUAAACUACAUAAGAGCUGAACAAAUGAGGACGGUGUCACUGUACAUAGCUGUGAAUGAAAUCCAAUUUAAAAUGACUCAUAUUGAUUGUGAAUGUACUCAUGCUUUCUGCAGUACCUACACCUACCCAACUUGAAUGCUGCUUCUUCUGUUGUGUGACAAAAAGUACUUUGACCUCCGAAGAGAGAAACGCUGUCGAGUUAUAAGUUGGACAAAUUUUAGUGACGAUUUAACAGAACUAUUUAUUUCUUUAUUUAUUUGCACAUGCAAGUUGAAAUCCUUCCAGUUUUAAGUUUGAGUAUUAAUGCGGAGAAAUGUAAUUGCCGAAGUAUAUAUAAUAUAUAUCAUGUGUUUAGAAUGCAUUUUGCAGACGCUAUCUGUACAUACUAUUUAAGAUACAGUUUUUACAAAAAAUAAUAUAUGUAUAAAAUUGAAAAAAUGCUGUGCAGCGAUUAUACUGGAGCCAUUUUGGGCUUUGGGACGUACCAUUUUUUCAGUAUAUAAGAAGUGUUUUGAAUAAUGUACUAAAGUCUCUAUUGUACAAAUAAUAAAAAUGUCACUAUUGGUA